AUGUCGUCUGGGUCUGAUCCCAUCCCAGGAGCUCGCGCGCAGCUCUGCCUCUGUACUUGCUCUGUGCAUGUGAGCUCGCUCAGUUCCGCCCUCCUCUUGUUCUUCAGCUGUGGCGGGCGUCUUUGGUCUCUUGAUCAGGUCGAGAAACAGAGCAAUUCAGGCUUCUCCAUGCGGUUCGGAUCAAAAGGGGGUUGCUCUGCUCGGGCCUGUCAUAACAGCAAACAGUUUCUCACUUUGGUUUUGGAGGCGAUUUUUCAUUUUUUGAAUUCCAACAUGAGUGCCGAGAGCGUAGAGAAGAGAAAACCAGGCAGAGAAGACAGCAGGCUGCUGAAACCAAUGAGGAAAAUCCGUGUGAUGUACCGUGACCCCGACGCGACCGACUCCUCGAGCGAUGAAGAGGGCACGAGAUGCGGCGAUUGGAUUGCCUUGAGGAAGAAGGGCAUACAGGUUGUUAAGGAGAUUGUGGUCCCAUUCACGAGACACGGAUCGUGUGAAGAGAUCUCUCCUUGCCUUGCUAACAAUCGUCAGAAGUGUGCUGACGUUCUGAGCGAAGCUAGCAUGAGACCUCGGGGGUCGUCUGCUUAUAAAGGGGUCCGGAGGAGGCCGUGGGGGAGAUUCGCGGCAGAAAUACGCGAUCCUACUCGGGGGGUCCGAGUGUGGCUCGGCACUUACAGCACUGCGGAGGAGGCUGCUCUUGCCUACCAGAAGAAGAAGCUCGAGAUCGAUCAGAAGAUUGAAUCGCAGAAGGAGAAGGAGAACUCGAUCUCCAAUUCAAAAGAGCAACAGGAAGACGAUAGAAACGAAUUGUUGUGCCAUCAAUCUCCAUCGUCAGUGCUUGACGUCCACAAGUCUUCUUCACUUAGCAGGGGACAAGAUGAGCUGCUUUUCACAGAACAAGACUGGUUCAACCAAGCGUUGGCGGAUCAAGCAUCCUCGGCAUCAACAAGUCAACAACUCGGUUUGCAAUGCGAGGGCAGCUUCAUGCUCGAGAACGAGUUCGGGAGUUUUUUCGACAGCGUCGAUCUCACGACAGAUCUCUUUGAUGACUGCGAAGUCUAUGAUCUACCGGACAUCGACCUCGAUUUAGAGAACGAUGAGCUUGCUUGGAUCGACGGAGCAAUGGGGAUGCCAUGCAUAUAGCUUGAGCCAAAUUAGUCUAAUUUAUGGAGUAUUUAGAGCGUGUCUACUGUCUAGAAACAGGGGACUUGGUUUUUCUCUGUCCAAUAGCCGUCCAAGGUCUCCUGGUUCUAAAUUUUUGC